AUGCCUUCACUCACCCGUCUUAGAGCAAGCGACGAUCGUAUACCGUCGGCUAUGAUGAAGGAGUACUAUAGCCAACGGGCCGCUGUGCCGGGCACCUUGAUUCUGACUGAAGGAACAUUCAUGUCACCAAUCUGUGGUGGCUUUCCCAAUGCGCCAGGGAUCUGGAGCAGAGAACAAGUUGAUGCUUGGCGACCUAUCACCGACGAAGUCCACCGAAAGGGCUGCUUCAUAUACUGUCAGCUAUUUUCCAUGGGACGUGCGGCGGAUAUUGAGACGUCUACAAAGGAGGGUGUUGAUAUCAUAGGUCCAAGUGCCAUUCCUCAUGAGGAAGGCGCCCCAGUACCUCGGGCCAUGACAAUCGAGGAGGUGAAGCAGACGGUCCGGGACUUUGGAGUUGCUGCCAAGAACGCAAUUGAGGCAGGAUUCGAUGGUGUCGAAUGUCAUGUUGCCAACGGCUAUCUGCUGGAUCAAUUUUUACAAGACGUCAGUAACACCCGCGAUGACGAGUAUGGCGGUAGCAUCGAGAACCGAGCUCGUUUUGCAAACGAAGCUAUGGAGGCCAUGGUUGAUGCUGUUGGCCCAGAGCGUGUUGGAGUCCGCCUGAGUCCUUGGAGCAGAUUCUUGGGUAUGAGAAUGAAGGAUCCGAUCCCGCAGUUCACGCCUGUCAUCGAGAAAGCCAGAGAGCUAAAGCUUGCGUAUCUUCAUUUGGUCGAGUCGCGAAUCGCGGGUGCUUCAGACGCCGAUAGCUAUGAUUCCAGUGAACGACUGGACUUUGCAUAUGAGCUCUGGAAUGGGCCAUUUCUUGUUGCGGGUGGUUAUGACCCAGAAGAAGCACGAAAGCUAGUCGACGAAGAGCAUCCAGACAAAGACAUUGUGGUUAUGUUUGGCAGGUACUUCGUUUCCAAUCCGGAUCUAGUAUAUCGGAUCAAGCAGGGCAUAGCGCUAAGCGCAUAUGACCGAGCGACGUUCUAUGUCUAUAAAUCGGCUCUAGGGUAUGCGGACUACCCUUUCAGCAAAGAAUACCUCGCAAGUAGCCAGGCAUAG